AUGGCCUACCUCACCAUGAUGCUCCUCAUCUUCACCUUGGCUUUCACCACCACCAUCUCUGCCUCCCACCACCAUGCUCCAAGCUCCAAGGAUGAUCACUCCACCCACCUCGUCUUCAACUUCGACUUGGGAAGUCUCCUGGGAUCCCGCUCCACCAUCCAGGAUACCGCCACCGUCACCGACGAAGCCGCCGACUCCACCGCCGCCAAGUCCAGAAGCCCAAGAGCUGCCCGUCGCCUCUGCGGCAUGCAGCUCAACAUGUACGUCCAACAGUACUGCGGAACCGGAUGCACCGUUGAGUCCACAGAGGACCUCUCCAAUGCCUGCUGCCACAACAAGUGUGAUGCCGCCGACUUCAAGCGGAUCUGCUGUCCGACUCCGGCUGAGCAAUGA